CUAUGUGUCCAGGAGAUCUCAAAGCACUUAGCAUUUUUCCAUCACAACCUUUGCUCAGUCACCUUCUCCUCUGAAAAUACGUGAUGGCUAGACAAAUGCUUAUUUCUGUUCCACUAUGUUUGCUCCUUUGCUGGAUGCUUCCUGUUGGCUCCAAGACGAUCAGAAACGUCGCUUCACGAGAUGCCAUCCAGUCCAUCCCUUUGAACUUGGCUAAAGAUUCAGUUGAUGACAUGUUCUUGGGCUGCAACGUGAGGAUGGCAAAAUUCGUCAACAACAAGUACUUCAAAAAAGAGAACAAUGGGACAUUUGCUGAUGUCUGGAAAAAGUCUAAUAAUUGUUCAAUUGAGAAAUUCCAAAAUAAAGAUAAAAAAGAUGUAGCUUUGACCAAAAAUCACACACAAGCAAUCUGUGCUUUUACAUCUAACUUUCUUGAGUUCUAUCAGACCUUCAACGCUGCAGUCCGAACAAGUAAAAAACAAUAUGGCACCUCCUUCCCAUUCCACUUCUUACAUUUCUGGCUGACAUCUGCCGUACAGAUUCUCAAUGAGAAUACAGACUGUAAGACCACUUACCGCAGAACAAAGGAUGUUUUCAGUGGUAAAGUCGGCCAGAUAAUUCGCUUGGGCUCUUUCAGCUCCUCCUCUGCCAAACCAAACCAGACAGAAUUUGGUAACAAGACUUGCUUUGAAAUCAACACCUGUUUGGGGGCUCCCUUGAAGAACUAUUCAACAUUUCCUAAUGAGGAAGAAGUGCUUAUCCCCCCUUAUGAGCGCUUUAAAAUCAUCAAGAUAAUAAAGACAAAAUUGCCAGAAAAUCUGAGCGACUGUAAGAGUGUGUAUAUCCUAGAGAGUGAAGGAGUUCUCAGCAAUCUGAACUGCAAAGAGACAAGAAAACCCAGGUGGAGCAGAGUGAGCAUCAUUUAGUCCUGUCUAGCAAACCAAGGGAUUCUUCAAAAAUCUAAGCUCAUUAACAAUAUGUCUAUGCAUACACCUCAACCGCUUACUUCAUGCUUGAGUUUGCAUGCUUCCACAACAAUUUCUUCCACCACAUGAAUGUGCAUCAACGUGUUUGCUUUUAUCAGCAUUUAAACAUUUGUAA